AAUCUCUCCUUUUGGAGAAAAAAGAGAAGGAAAAAGGAAAGAAAAAAAUCUCCUUCGUUUCUUCUUCUAUUGAAGCUUCAAAAUCUCUGCCAAAAACCAAAAUAACCCUUGUCAAAAGAGUGUUAGGGAAUGCAGAGAGAUGAGAGGAGUGUUGUUAACUAAGUCUGAGUUUUCUUCCCGUGCCAAGAAGUGCAUCGGCGGCAGAAACUGCCACCGAAAACACGUUGAAGACGGGUGAUCCAUAGUGUGUUCUUACAAGUCAUUCUCUUCUUCUCAAAUCUUGUAGUUUUCACCUUCACAAAUCCCAAAUCUCUCUGUAUAUUGUUCAUCUCUUAAGUUUUAGAAAAAUCUUUCUUUCGAUGGCAGAAACAACAAGUGAUGGUCACCCGACCUUGCUUCAUGGGAAAUAUGAACUGGGUCGGUUACUAGGCCAUGGCACCUUCGCUAAAGUCUACCACGCGCGUAACUUGCAGAGUGGAAAAAGUGUGGCCAUGAAGGUGGUUGGUAAAGAGAAGGUGAUAAAGGUGGGGAUGAUGGAGCAAAUCAAGAGAGAAAUUUCAGUUAUGAAGAUGGUGAAGCACCCCAAUAUUGUUGAGUUACAUGAAGUCAUGGCUAGCAAGUCCAAGAUCUAUUUCGCCAUGGAACUUGUUCGAGGUGGCGAGUUGUUCUCCAAGAUUGAGAAAGGUCGGUUAAGAGAAGAUGUGGCUAGAGUUUAUUUUCAGCAGUUAAUAUCUGCGAUCGAUUUUUGUCACAGUCGCGGUGUUUAUCAUCGUGAUUUGAAGCCUGAGAACUUGCUGCUUGACGAAAAUGGGAAGUUGAAGGUUACAGAUUUUGGGCUGAGUGCUUUCACUGAGCAUUUGAAGCAAGAUGGGUUGUUGCAUACAACUUGUGGGACACCAGCUUAUGUUGCACCUGAAGUAAUUGGGAAGCAAGGGUAUGAUGGUGCCAAAGCAGAUCUCUGGUCUUGUGGUGUUAUUCUCUAUGUGCUUCUUGCUGGGUUCUUGCCGUUUCAAGAUGAUAAUAUUGUGGCUAUGUAUAGAAAGAUUUAUAGAGGUGACUUCAAAUGCCCUCCAUGGUUCUCCUCUGAAGCUCGACGGCUGAUUACCAAGCUUCUUGAUCCAAAUCCAAGCACUCGAAUCACGAUAUCCAAGGUCAUGGAUUCAACCUGGUUCAAGAAAUCAGUGCCAAAGACCGUAAAAAGCAAAGAAGAGAUGGAAUUUGAAGCUUUCAAUGGAGAUGAAGAUGCCAAUGGAGACAAAUCAAAGCAACUCGAAACGUUGAACGCGUUUCACAUAAUAUCUUUAUCCCAGGGAUUUGAUUUGUCACCACUCUUUGAGGAGAGGAAGAGGGAGGAAAAAGAGGAGCUGAGAUUUGCCACAACAAGGCCAGCAAGCAGUGUCAUUUCAAGACUCGAGGAGGUGGGCAAGGCAGGGAAUUUCAGUGUCAAGAAGAGCGAUUCCAAAGUGAGAUUGCAAGGGCAGGAGAGGGGUAGGAAAGGGAAGUUGGCUAUUGCAGCUGAUAUUUUUGCUGUCACACCAUCGUUUUUGGUGGUGGAGGUGAAGAAAGAUAACGGAGACACGUUGGAGUUUAACCAAUUCUGCAGUAAAGCGCUGAGACCAGCCCUUAAGGACAUUGUGUGGAUAUCUCCUGCUGAGAAUUCAACUCUUGCUAGAAUAUGAGAGAUUGGGACAUGGAGGCGGAGGUGCAAAUUGAAAGACUAUUUGAUUAGAUCGAUUGUUCUUGUUAUUGUUGUUAUUGUUUGUAUUGGUAUUUUAAAUUGAAGUUGGAAUUGUAAGUAAUCAGAAAAAAAUGCUCUUUCAAUUACUUUUUGUUGUGCCGUCAAUCUAUCUGUGUUUAUUUUUGGCGUUGGUCACAGAACAAAACGACCUGUGAUUCAUUCACCAGAAAUCCUCACCAGUAGCCGAUGAUACCAUGAAGGGGAUUAGUCUCCUGGUCGGACCAGGAAAGCUCCCCGAUGAUACCAAGAAGAGGAUCAGUUUCUUUCUUGAUCCAAAAAGGAUGCAGAGGAUUAGUCACUGAUCUUGAAGUUCUUUCUUUUUUAUUAACUUUUGUGUCCCUUUUUCCCUUUUGAGCUAUUAUGAUGUAAAUUGAAAGUUGGCAUUCAUUC